AUGUUAUUCUCCAACUUCUUCCUCCCGACAGCUCUUCUCGCCGCUCAGGCUGCAGCCCACGGCGCCGUAACCAGCUAUGUUAUCGACGGCGUAACCUACCCCGGCUACGAAGGCUUCUCGCCCGCCUCGUCCCCCAAAACCAUCCAACGCCAAUGGCCAGACUACAACCCCACCAUGUCAGUGAACGACAAAAAAGUCAUGUGCAACGGCGGCACAUCCGCAGACCUCAGCGCCAAAGUAGCAGCCGGCGGCAAGAUACGCGCACUCUGGAAGCAAUGGACGCACGAACAAGGCCCAGUCAUGGUAUGGAUGUACAAAUGUGCCGGAGACUUCAAGAGCUGUGAUGGCAGUGGCAAGAAAUGGUUCAAGAUCGACCAACAAGGCAUGACUGCACCACCCCUCUCCGGCCGAAACUGGGGCACUGCCUUUGUCCUCAAGAACCUCUACUGGGAAUCUACCGUCCCUGCCUCGCUGGCACCAGGGAACUACCUCGUGCGCCACGAGCUGUUGGCCCUGCAUCAGGCAAAGACUCCGCAGUUCUAUGCAGAGUGUGCGCAGAUUGUGGUGACGGGGAGUGGGACUAAGACUCCGGAUGGUGAUUACUUGGCGAAUAUUCCAGGGUAUGCGGCCCAGAGUGACCCUGGUAUUACGGUAGAUACGUAUGCUAGUUCGCAGACUACGUAUACCUGUCCUGGGCCGAAGGUCUGGUCGGGGUAA